AGGUGGCGCCGCGCCCCGCCUUUUCUCCCCAGCGGCGAGCAGAAAGCGCGCCGCCUGCACACGGGCAUCUUUGUGUUGAAACUGAAAACCUCACGGCGGCCCGACUCAUGCACUGAAAACGGCGUGUCCGUGAGGUAAAACACCGGCAAACCAGGCAUUUGAUCCGCACGGCGUGGGAGCUGAAGGGUCCCCGUAACGCGAAGCUUUUAAAAGUGAGAAGGUCUACGAAGCCCGGCGGGGAGAUCGGCGCGGUUCGCCGGACGGCAGUCGCCUCGGACACCGGCGGACCCCGGCGGACACGGAGCCCGGAGGCCAGUAGAGCGCUGUUCGGACGCUGCCCUGACCAGAAUGGAGUUCCAACCACAACAGAGAUCCGCCGACGGCAGGAUCACCUAUCCCCCUGGGGUGAAGGAAAUCACGGACAAGAUAAGCAACGAUGAAGUGGUCAAGAGGUUAAAGAUGGUGGUGAAGACCUUCAUGGACAUGGACCAGGAUUCUGAAGAUGAGAAGCAGCAGUACCUGGCCCUCGCUUUGCAUCUCGCCUCGGAGUUCUUCCUACGCAACCCCAACAAGGACGUGCGGCUGCUGGUGGCCUGCUGCCUGGCGGACAUCUUCCGCAUCUACGCCCCCGAAGCACCUUACACGUCCCACGACAAGCUCAAGGAUAUCUUCUUAUUCAUCACCAGGCAGUUGAAGGGUCUAGAGGACACCAAGAGCCCACAGUUCAACAGAUACUUCUACUUGCUGGAGAACUUGGCCUGGGUCAAAUCCUACAACAUCUGUUUUGAGCUAGAGGACUGCAAUGAGAUCUUCAUUCAGCUCUUCAAGACACUCUUCUCCGUUAUCAAUACCAGCCACAACCAGAAGGUGCACAUGCACAUGCUGGAUCUGAUGAGCUCCAUCAUCACCGAGGGCGACGGAGUUACCCAGGAGUUACUCGACACCAUCCUCAUCAACCUUAUCCCCGCACACAAGAAUUUGAAUAAGCAAGCGUAUGACCUUGCAAAAAUUCUCCUCAAAAGGACAGUUCAGACCAUUGAGACCUGCAUCGCUAAUUUCUUCAACCAGGUGCUGGUGCUCAGCAAGUCUUCGGUGAGCGACCUAUCCGAGCACGUGUUUGACCUCAUCCAGGAGCUCUUCGCCAUCGACCCCCACCUUCUGGUGUCUGUCAUGCCCCAGCUGGAGUUCAAGCUGAAGAGUAACGACGGCGAGGAGCGCCUGGCGGUGGUCCGCCUUCUGGCCAAGCUCUUCGGGGCCAAGGACUCGGAACUGGCCUCUCACAACCGGCCCCUGUGGCAGUGCUUCCUGGGCAGAUUUAAUGAUAUCCACGUGCCGGUGAGACUGGAGUGCGUAAAGUUUGCCAGCCAUUGUCUGAUGAACCAUCCCGACUUGGCCAAAGAUCUGACAGACUUCCUGAAGGUACGGUCACAUGACCCCGAGGAGGCCAUACGUCACGACGUCAUCGUCACCAUCAUCAAUGCCGGGAAGAAGGACUUGAUCCUGGUGAACGACCAGCUUCUGGGGUUUGUUCGGGAGAGGACGUUGGAUAAGCGGUGGAGGGUGCGGAAGGAGGCCAUGAUGGGUCUGGCCCAGCUGUAUAAGAAGUACUGUCUGCACCACGAGGCCGGGAAGGAGUCUGCCCUGAAGAUCAGCUGGAUCAAGGACAAGCUGCUGCACAUCUACUAUCAGAACAGCAUCGACGACAAGCUGUUAGUGGAGAAGAUCUUUGCUCAGUUCAUGGUGCCUCACAACCUGGAGACCGAGGAGAAGAUGAAGUGUCUGUACUACCUGUAUGCCUGUCUGGACCCCAACGCUGUCAAGGCUCUGAAUGAGAUGUGGAAGUGCCAGAACAUGCUGAGGAGUCACGUCCGGGAGCUGCUGGACCUCCACAAGCAGCCCACGACCGAGGCCAACACUGCCGCCAUGUUCGGGAAGCUGAUCACUAUAUCCAAGAACCUGCCGGACCCCGGCAAGGCCCAGGACUUCUUGAAGAAGUUCAAUCAAGUACUGGGAGAGGACGAGAAGCUGCGAUCCCAGCUGGAGCUGCUCAUCAGCCCAACGUGCUCCUGCAAGCAGGCUGAGAUCUGCGUGGUGAGUGCCUCUGUCUGUAAGCAGCGAGUGACUCUGCCUCGCUGCCUCUGUCUGUGCCUGUGGUUCAUGCUGGAGGUGUUGAUGACCAAGAACGAGAACAACAGUCACGCUUUCCUCCGCAAGAUGGUGGAGAACAUCAAGCAGACAAAAGAUGCCCAGGCGCCCGACGACCCCAAAGUCAACGAGAAGCUGUAUACGGUGUGUGACGUCGCGCUCCUUGUCAUCGCCAACAAGAGCACCGCCUGUCACCUGGAGUCUCCCAAGGACCCCCUGCUGCCCUCCAAAUUCUUCACUGCCCCGGACAAGGACUUCGUAAACGACAAGGAGUAUGUGUCAUCUGAAGCCCGCACAGCUCUCUUGACGGGAAAGCCAAAGCCCAGCCCUGUGCUGGUCACCGUCAACAAGCCGCUCUCAGUCACCGGGAGGAGACCAUACACCAAGAGCACGGCUGCAGACGGAGGUGCCGGCGGCAUUGGUGGUGGCCUGGAGCCCAGUUCCCCCGCUGGGAACAAGGGGAGGGACGGGAACGCGGAGGGCUUGGAGACGGGGGCCAGUGAGAACAACGAGAAUCCUGGGAUCAUCCUCUCUGACAGCAGCGGGAAGGAUGCGAACUUGGAAGGCAGCCAGGGUGGCAAGAUCGGCUCGACCCCCACGGCCUCCCCCACGCCGCCUGCAGUGCCGAGCAAACCCCGGAGAGGGCGGCCGCCCAAGUCGCUGUCUGGCGGCACGGGCACGCCCCCCAGUGCAGAAAAAGAGGGAGGGGCAACGGGGCGGGGCCGGAAGAGGGCUGCCCCUGCCCAGGACGGCACCGCCACAGUCGAGCCAAUCACCAUCAAGAUACCAAAACAGCAGAAAGACACGGAGUCCAAAAGAACAGCUCCUCAGAGGCAGAUGGACCUGCAGAGCCACUGCCACCUACUGGGCAGUGAGGGCGACACGGAGAUGGAGUCCAGCUCAGGGAGCUCGAGAGAGAGCAGCUCAGGCAGGAGGGGGCCGGCAUUCUGCAGCCAGGUAAGACGAAUGUGCAGGCCGACCCGUAGGAAGUGGAGGAUCGCCCCCCCUCGUUGCGGGACCCUGUCCGGGGGGCCCUGGAGCCGUACAGCCGCGGCAGGCUCCUGUAUCUCUCCGCUCAUGUGCUUCUGGCCCCCAGAUGGGACCACUCAGCAUCGACAUACACUUAAAACUGCUUGCGAGGCCCCCGCCGACAAGGCAAGGUUUCUCCACCAUGAGAGACCCGAGGAAAGGGUGAGGGGGGAACCUUCCGGGAAGAGUUCAGGCUGAAAUAACCAUCCCUUCUGUUGUCGUUCAUUUUCAGUCCACUAAAUGUCUUUUAAUGCUCUUUCAGUUUUAACGGUUCACAAGUCUGUAUAUAAAUUUUUUUAAAUGCCAAUUUCAUGUUUGAAUUUCCUUAAGGUAGAUGGUGGCUUUUCCAGUUUUGCUUUUUUAAAAAAAAAAAAAAAAAAUUCUAAAUUUCAGAUCCCUGGUAUCAAUUUAAACGAGAUCUGAAGCCAAAUAUUAACCAUUUCCUGUACAAUUAGACCGGCGCUGCUGCCGAUAUCGAAAGCUGAGGUUUGUCGGAGUGGAAGCACAGCAAUAGUUUUGGCACUUUUUUUUUUAAAAAAAAAAAAAAACUGGGGUUGGGUUUUUCUUGUAUGUUGGGCUGCAUGUUUAACAUUCCCCGUCCCUAAUAUGCAAGGUGUGGUACAGGUCCGAAUGUGUGCAUUACCCCUGACCCGCUCCCCUCCCCAUAACCCUGCUUCCUCCUGCACAAUGUGGUGACUGGGGCCCCCCACAGGCUCCGCCCCCCAGCGUCCGACAGAAUUAGACCUUCGCCUACACUUAUAACCAGGAGGUGGCUCAAUGCUAGUUAAAGGCUGAAUGGUUUCCGACUCCAAGGCCUUUUGUUUUUAACUUGGUCCACAUUUUACAUUUUUGUAAUGAAUUGAAGUUUGCUAAAUGAAAUGUACUGGUUUUUUUUUUUCCUUCUGGAAACUUCUGCUCAAAAGUUUUUUGAAUAAAUAUUUUAAAUAUUUUCCAAAAAGGCCUGGAAUUUAGAUGCCUGCUUAAAUAAUACAGUUCAGAACUGUUUCAAGUGUUUUUAGAGAUGGGAAAUGCUUUUAAAUGUUUCCAACUCUUAUCUUGGGCUUUUAGUGGAAUACUUACUAUUGACUCGAUAUGAUUCCCAGUAAUGUUUUCAGAAUUAGUGUACUGCUGUUCUGCACAUAGUAUUUAAUUUCAUGAGGCUUUGUUUUUUCAGAAAAUAAAUUUUUAGACGUCUUUGUGUGCUUCCCCUG